CAAGCACGCACACGCCGGCACGCCAAGCUAAAACUACAGUGCAGUGCAGCAACUACCCUUCCUCUUCCUCCUGCCCGCGGGAGACGAGGGAAACGGUCGGCGGCGGAGGAGGAUGGGGCGCGGGGCGGAGGCGGAGGACGACGCCGCCGGGGAGGGCAAGCCGACGCUGCUGCAGCGGUGGUCCUCGUCGGUGUGGGCCGUCAGCGGGAGCGGCCGCCUGAUGUGGGCGCGCAACGAGGCGUGGCAGGCGCACGCCGGGAUGGCCUUCGUCCAGGUCUCCUACGGCGGCUACCACGUCCUCACCAAGUCCGUCCUCAACGUCGGCAUGAACCAGAUCGUCUUCUGCGUCUACCGCGACCUCGUCGCGCUCGCGCUCCUCGCCCCCAUCGCCUUCCUCCGAGAGAGAAACGUGCGGCGCCCGGUGACCCGUCAGCUCCUCGCGUUGUUUGCUCUCCUGGGCUUCACAGGGAUCUUUGGGAACCAGCUCCUCUUCCUCCUUGGCCUCAGCUUCACCAACGCCUCCUACGCCGCGGCUUUCCAGCCGGCGAUACCGGUGUUCACGUUUCUCUUGGCCGCAAUUGUCGGUGUUGAGGUGAUCAACAUCUUCACGAAAGACGGAUUUGUCAAAGUUCUUGGCACAGCCGUGUGCGUGUCUGGUGCGGUCCUUAUGGCCAUCUACAGAGGCCCGUCUUUGAUUGGGAUGGUAAGCACCAUCGCAGCAGAUGGAAAUGCUCUGGCCGGCACACGGAGUAGCAAUGCCUAUUCUGCUCAGUGGUUGACCACAGCCAUGCUCCGAUAUGGUGUGGAGACAUGGCAUCUUGGGGUCGUGUGCCUUAUUGGAAAUUGCUUCCUGAUGGGUGCUUAUCUAGUCAUUCAGGCUCCGGUGCUGAUAAAAUAUCCUGCAAGCUUAUCCUUGACUGCUUACUCCUAUUCUUUUGCCACCUUGUUUAUGGUAUUGACUGGGGCAUUUGCUACCAAUGGGCUCCACGAGUGGGCACUGACAACAACUGAGGUCAUAGCUGUCUUAUAUGCUGGAAUUAUUGCAUCUUGUGUGAACUAUGCGAUCAUGACUUGGGCAAACAAAAUUCUAGGACCCUCUCUAGUUGCCCUGUACAAUCCACUCCAACCAGCAUGUUCUACCUUGCUUUCAACUAUUUUUCUUGGAACCCCAAUUUAUGUCGGAAGUGUUGCCGGGGGACUCUUCAUCAUUGCUGGUCUUUACCUGGUUACUUGGGCUCGUUACAAUGAAGCUCAAAGAGUCCUGACAGCCAGUUAUUUGCGACCUCUUCUUGUGGAGGACCCACCAACCGCCAAGGCAGAAGGAGGUUCCUUCAGUGGCUCCAUUGAUCCCUAGACCCCAGAGGGGUAGAUGGGUUGGCUUAAUUGUUUGUUCCUAGGACAGCAGCAUCAAAUUUAUUUCACACGUGUUGUUAGUUUAAUACAGUUCUUGCCUAGAGUCGUCCUCUUCAAGAUACCAUGCUUUAAGAAGCAUGUUAUUACCAUUUAAAGCAUUUGAAUUAAGUUCCAUCCUCAGGAAGACUUGCAGGAUACUGAAAGAAAUCAUAUCCUGAACAUAAGCUGGACCUUCUGCAUCCCAGUCGGCAUUCUGCACCAAGCAUUUGUAGAAGAUACCUUUGGUCAGGAAUUUGCAGUAAUCCUCCAGCUUCUAUAAUUUUCUUUACAGGGCCAUCAAAACCUCUCCAAUGAAAGCAGAAUAUUCUUUUAGGCCUGGAAGUUGAAGCUACAAUACACUAGAGCAAGACAACUGUUCUUCUGUGGCAGAGUCAGCACUCCAAAGAUCUGAUAUCAGAUUUUGUAACAAUUGGUUAUUAUAGUACUCGUAUUGUGCCUUGUUGUAUAUGUGUUUAUCUUCUCUAAUUCCAUUGUUGUCUUUGCUUCCGGCCGGCUAUGAUCAGUACUUCUGCCAAGAUCAGUAGUGUUCUUACGCGACGAUGGAAUCCAACCUGCUCUCGCCCUCGCUCCCUACCUCUUUGUUUCUACGCACGUACUCCCGCCAUGCUAACUUUUCUUGUCAUGAUGGAACCGUCGAACAGAUGAAGACAAUGAUAUCCUCGUCGGAUUGAGAUCGGAUGGCUGAGAUUCAUGGCCUGAGACCAAAAAAGGUACACGUGUAAAAUGGCCUGAGAUUCAUGCACGUACUCCUAGCGCACCCUGCCGCCUCCGCCGUUGUUCCCCGCACUCCCCGGCGAGGAGAAGCUGGCCCGGCUCCAGCACGCGCCGUGAACCGCGAGGAUCGAGUCCUACGCCGUGUCCGGCCGCCACAUCCUGCUCUCGGCGGCGGCGGGAUGUCCGGUCGCCGGCACGGUGGCGUUCGACGCGUCCGCGGAGGAGUGGCACUUCGUGGAUCGCGAGAGGAGCCUGCCGUUCGUCGGCGAGGCCGUUCCCUACGGCCGCCUCUUCCUCGGCAGGUCCAGGAGCAAAGACUCCAAAGACCUCACCGCCUACGACAUCGCCGUGACGAAGAAGGGCACUGAUCGGACGCUGGCCAUCGUCGAGGUCCCUCUUACUUUCGUCAUGGCAGGAGACUCGCCGGUGAUGUCCGGCCAGUUCUUCUCUUGCUUGGGGAAUGGGGUCGUGUGCGCCAUGGGUUGCUUGACCGAAGGAACAUCCCGCGAUGUAGAAAUAGAUGAUGACGAGCUCUACAUCCAUUUGUACAGCCCUGUCAGUGCAGAGGAAGGGGAAGCAGAGGCACAACAGGGUGUAACCGUGCUAUCCAGCAAAGGCUCUAGGUAUCACCUCAGGCUUCAUGAGCCACUUUGCCGGCUGGUUGCCCCAACACUUGUUGCUGCUCCAUGCGUUGCUAUCUAGUGCUUUUGUGGUUUUUCUGAUCUACUUGGGAGCAACACAUUGGGCUGCUUUUUGCAGCUAUCGCGAUUCUGUCAGCAUACACACAACAGUACGCAUGAUGCACAGUGGUAGUUCGUAUGGUAAUCAGGGCACCUUGGAGUACUAGUACUGAAUACUGAUGGAACUUGCAUUGAGGUUGUGCUUGCUUCCUGAGGUGUGCAGGUUCCUGUAGUCUCUUGUUUAUGACAUCUUGUGUGGGCAAACGAUUCUCCUACUGUCUGUUGCUCGGGGUUCUACUAAAAUGGAUAUCCUGUAAUUUCUGAAGCUACCUAAACUCAAAAGACAUGCAUCGUGUUA